AUGUCCAUGCCCAAAACCCCAACCAACGAAGAAGAAGACUGCAUUGACGACAAACCAUUCGAAAAUGUGUCCACAUCAUUGCACCUAGACAAUGACCCCAACAUCUACCUUCCCCCGGAGCAAGAUAUGGAAGACAGAGACGACAUCAACGACGAGCAUCUUGAUUAUCUCGGGGAUUUGAACGACGUUUAG